AAAAUUUCAUGUGGCCAAUUGAAAAGUUUUUAAUCUCUCUUUCCAAACAGAGACGACGUCGUAACGUCGUUGCACAGGCCUGCCCCAGAUUGUACCGCAAGGGUUUAGCCCGCCGGAAAACCCACCCAAAAGCCCACACUACUUUCGCUCGUUCUCCUUUCCCUGCGAUGUGAAGACCGAGGCUGAAGACCUCCGCAUUUCCAGCCGUUUUCUUCCAGAAGCCCCGUCGUGCAACGCCGUGUGAUGAACUGCGUGUCGCAGGUCUCGUCGUACGCAGCGGCCAUUUUCCGAGCGACAGGUCGUGCCGUAGGAACGAGCUCUCUCUGCGGACCUUCUUCCUGGAAGAGAAGACUCGACCUUUACGCCGGGAUUAAGCCGAUCAGCAUAGAAUCAGCGCUAACGACAUUUCGUAUUCAGCCGUACUCGUCGGCUCGAAGCAGCGGCGGAAGUAAAACGACGCCGUCCCGGUCUCGGCGGAGGAAGGCCGAUUCCGAACCGGUUAUGGAACCGGAAAAGGAGGGAUUCUAUGUAGUACGGAAAGGAGAUGUCGUCGGCGUUUAUCGUAGUUUCAGUGAUUGUCAGGCUCAGCUGGGUUCUUCGAUAUGUGAUCCUCCUGUUAGUGUUUACAAAGGGGACUCAAUGCCUAAGAGCACUCAAGAAUAUCUUGCUUCCCGUGGACUUAGGAAUGCCCUUUACACUGUAAGAGCUGCAGAUUUGAAAGAUGAUCUUUUUGGCAAGCUUGUGCUUUGCCCACUUCAAGGUCCAACAGAAGGUGGAACAUCUGUUAUGGAUGAAUCGAAAAAGAGACCCCGUCAAGUGUCUGGAACGGAAAAUGUGGAAAGAAAUGGUUCAACUUCCAUAUCAGAUGAUCCGUCUAGAAAGCUUGCCAAGAUAGAUGAAUCUGCUCUGGCUGAAUUACCCCCUUUGGACAGUGGUGCAUGUACUCUUCAUUUUGAUGGUGCAUCAAAAGGAAACCCUGGAAUAGCUGGUGCCGGAGCUGUGCUGCGAGCAGAAGAUGGAAGAUUGAUCUGUAAAAUACGUGAAGGUCUGGGUGUUGUAACCAAUAAUGUUGCCGAGUACCGAGCUGUUAUUUUAGGGUUAAAAUGUGCUCUUAAAAAAGGUUUUACAAGGAUUACUAUCCAAGGCGACUCCAAACUCGUGUGUAUGCAGAUUCAGGGUUUAUGGAAGGUGAAAAACCAGAACUUGUCUGAUUUGUACGAAGAGGUGAAGAAACUGAAGGAUAAAUUUCUCUCCUUCAAAAUCAGCCAUGUCCUAAGGCUGGCGGCUUAUGAUGUUCUAACAUGUUCGUGUAUACCUUCAAAGGAAAGAAACACUGAGGCGGAUGUUCAAGCAAACUUGGCAAUCACUCUUGCUGAUGGUCAAGUCCAGGAGGAGGAGUGCGGGAAGUAGUUUAUACAAUAGUCUACUGCUGGUUAUGUUUUAGGUGACCUAUUUUUCGAAGAUUAGACCCUGAUGAGACAAGGGUGUUCAGGCUUCCAGCUCUGUGUAACAAUUUACAAUGUAAAGCAUGAUUUCGGCCGCAAAACUGAAGCUUCUGUUUACAUGCAAUUUUGGAGACGGAUUAUUUCUGAAAUUCAAGCCUCGGAUCAAAUAACACGCAAUACAAAGGACGGAGAUUCAGUUUGACAAACCACAGCCGAGGGAGGAGAUGCGAGCAGAAUAUGAAAAUUUCUUACUAGCAUUAAUAUUGAAUUGCUUUGUUUGCCUGAAUUUUCUUUCCAGGUUUCUGUAUUUCUCGACGCUAUAUGUUCCAGAAUCAAAGGUGAGUUUUCGAA